CAGUACCAGAUCUGCGGCCAUUGUUGCCGUUGCCGUUUUGAUCCAUCUCCAGAAAAAUAAUAUGAGGGAUUGGACAAUGAGCUGCCCUGGCCUCCUCCUCCUCUUGCUCUCUUUGAUGCAACAAAGAGAGGAAAUAGGAUGUACGUAGCAACUAAAAUGGCCGGUGGGGACAUUGUUGUAUACGGGUUGAUGCAAAGGCGCCUUGGUGCCAUUGUCGACAGCGGCGCUUGAUUGAGGGGCCUCCUUUUCCUCGUUUCGUGCGGUUGUUUCGAACUACGGGGUCUUGAUUUUGGCGGGCCUUUCUGAUCCGCGGCAAUCGCUCGCUCGAUCGAUGCACAACUGAUUUUCUUUUUUAAUUGAAAUAUUUGUAUUAUAAUUGUUAUGUUUGUUUGCAAUAAUGUAUGUGUUGUUCUUGUUUCGAUUCGUUUCAGUUCAGUUCAGUUCAGUUCCGUUCCGUUCCAUUCAGAUUUCAAAUCCAGUGCACUCCAUUCCACGAAAAGGACCGACCCGACCGCCGCAAGCUCAACAAAACAAACGAGCAGCGGCCCGGCCGUGCCGUCCGAAGAGCAGCAUUCUCGGAGCAGGCUCCGAAUCCAAUUCCAAUUCCAGUUCCGUUUUCCUUCCUUCCACUCGAACGAACGAGCCGUUCCACGAGGCUUUUCCCUUUUGGCCCUCGAGAGAACAAAGCACCAAACGCAAUGCUCGUUCGCGUCGAACCAAUCCAAUCCAAUCCAAACCAAACCAAUCCAAAUCCAAAGCACACCAAGCAACAAAACGGCAACAAACCGAACCGAACCGAACCAAACCAAACCAAAACCCACAAGUGUUCGGAUUCGAGCUUUCCCGCCCGCACUUGCUUUGCAACGCACAAACGAUAGCACAGACAUAUACAGUACAACCGGCACGGACAUAUACAACCAACACGCGCGCGCAGGGCUCGAGCCCGAACCGAUGCUUGCAAACACCCAUCUUCUCUUCUCUUCUAUUCGUGUUCCUGUUCAUAUUCAUACAUCCGCCGAAUCGAAUCCUUCCCAUCGCAUCGCAUCCCGUGCCUCCAUCGAUCGCACCGUGUCGCACGUGCUUUUACACGUACAUGUACACGUACACGUACGACAGAGGUACAAUCCAAAUCCAAUCCUUCCUCGCGGCCACCGGCGCCGCUGUCUAGUAGGAGUAGUCCCCGUCGUAGUCUCCGUAUCGGCCCACCCGGCCGCGCCUGGCGUCCCGGUACAUGCCGCCCCGCUCGACCGUGUAGGGCUCGACGACCGCCGUGAUGGGGAACUCGACGGUUCCGGUGUUGACGAUGCGGAUGACGUUUCCGAUGCCGGGCGUCUCGAUGACGGCAAAGAAGGGGUGCUCGAUUCCGUCCUCGGUGUAGACCUCGACGACCUGCUUGUUGUUGUUGGGACCCUGCAACAGCUCGAUGCGGGCRUUGAGGGGACGCCCGUCGGUUCGGAGGAGAACGGCGACGGAUGCCACCGAGGGGGGAAAGGGGACUGUGUGGAUGGCGCCUCCCUGCAUGAUCUUGGGGACGUCCUCGCCGAUGUUGCGGGUGAUCUCGUCGAGGGACUCGUAGUCGGGCUCCACGGCCGCCUCGAUGGGGUACUCGAGGGUCUGGGUGUUGCGAAUGGAGACCGAGUUGGCGUUGAAGCGGGGGGUGGCAAUCACGGCCGAGAAGGGGCGGAAGUCUCCGUCCUCCAGGUAGACGGCCAUCUUGUGGGGCGUCGAGUCGGGCCCGUGCCAGAGCUCCACGUUGGCGGUCAGCGGGGUUCCCUCGGUCUUCAUAAAGACCUGCACGGAGUCCACGUUGGGAUCGGGAAAGGACCAGGUCUUGAGGGCUCCUCCCUGGAUGUUCUCCGUCUGGAGCAUGUCGCGGUAUCCGCGGCUGGGGCCCCCCCGGCGGGAUCGGACCAUGGCGCCCGAUUCGGGGUACUGCAUGGGGGCCCGGGCCAGGGGAGCGCUGGUGCGCCGCAGCUCGCGGGCGCCGCUGGAGGACCGGAUGCCGACGUCGUCGUAGUCGUACCGGCUGGACUCGAGGGCCACGGUGGUGGUGGUGGCGGGCUUGGGGGGCGCAAAGGCCCGGGCGGACCCGAGGGAGGCCAGGAAAAAGGCGGUGGAGAGCGUGAGUUUCAUUCUGCGCUGGUCUUUGUGUGUGUCUUUGUAUGGGUUGCUGUUGCUGGACCAAAUGGAAUCAGUGCAGUCUUGUAUCUUGUACCGUCAACGAAAAAGAAACCGGGAUGCGGAUCGAGGCACGGUAAGUUGGAGUGAUGGGUUGUGUUGAAGCGAAGCAAACUAAGCGGAACCG